GAAGGGGCGCCCCCGGCAGCCCCCGGGCCCUGGCAGGGCGUCCGCGCGGGGGGCGAGCUCCCGCGGGUCCCGGCCCGGUACUGUCUGCGCCCGGCCGCCGAGGCCGAGCGGCGCGGGCCGGCAGGGGCCCCGCGUCCGCCUUGGGGGCCGCCGGCGGGAGCGCUCCGGGCGGGAGGGGACGGCAGCCCCGCGCCCCGGCUCCGGCGAGGGGGGCGCCCGGCUGGCUCGCGGCGCGCGGCCCUUUGCCCGGCGCGGCGUCGGCAGCCCGCUCCCGGCCCAGCGCCUGGCGGCCGGCCCGGCCCGGGGAGUGGCUUCCAGGAAGCGGGCGGAGGGCGCUCCCGCCGCGUCCCGCCGUCGCCGAGCUCGGGUCCCCGCUCGGGCGCAGCGCGCGGGCAGGGAGGCGGCGGGCGCCCGGGCGCGCCGUGCACUUGCCGGGCGGCGCAGGUGGCGGCGCGCGCCCUCCGCCCUGGGUCCCGGCCAGCGCCGCGCGGCGCCCGGAGGGGCGGGGCGGUCCGGCCCCAUUUAACUCCGCGGCGGCGGCGGCGGGAGGCCGGCGUCGGGGGCGGUCGGGGGCCCGAGGUCCGCGCGGUGCUGGCGGGCGGCACGGCCUGGACGCGGCUGCGGCGCCAGGCUAUGAGUGAGACUCCCAGGAGACUGGACCCCAUGGCUUCCUGGAAGAUCCCCUGGGGACUGCUGGCGUGGAUGGUUUUCAUGGGCUCUGCCCCCCUGCAGACUGCAGCAGAGAAGUCUCCUGGAGCCUAUUUCCUUCCCGAGUUCGCGCUCUCCCCCCAGGGAAGUUUUCUCGAAGAUACCACAGGGGAGCAGUUCCUCACGUACCGCUAUGACGACCAGACCUCAAGAAACACUCUUUCAGACGAGGAUAAAGACAGCAACUGGGACGCCUGGGGGGACUGGAGCGACUGCUCCCGCACGUGCGGCGGUGGGGCGUCCUACUCUCUGCGGAGGUGCCUGGCCGGCAGGAACUGUGAAGGGCAGAAUAUUCGCUACAAGACAUGCAGCAAUCAUGACUGCCCUCCCAACGCAGAGGACUUCAGAGCCCAGCAGUGCUCCGCCUACAAUGACGUCCAGUACCAGGGGCACUAUUACGAAUGGCUUCCGCAAUAUAAUGAUCCGACUGCCCCCUGCGCCCUCAAGUGUCACGCACGGGGACAGAAUGUGGUCGUGGAACUGGCACCCAAGGUACUGGAUGGGACGCGCUGCAAUGCUGACUCCCUGGACAUGUGCAUCAGUGGCAUUUGUCAGGCCGUGGGCUGCGACCGGCGCCUGGGGAGCGGCGCGCGCGAGGACAGCUGCGGCGUCUGUGCUGGCGACGGCGCCACCUGCCGGCUGGUGCGCGGACAGGCCAAGGCGCACGUUGCUCCCGAGAAAAGGGAAGAACAUGUAAUUGCUGUUCCCUUGGGCAGUCGAAGCGUGAGGAUCACAGUGAAAGGGCCUGCACGCCUCUUUAUUGAAUCGAAAACACUUCAAGGAAGCAAAGGGGAACACAGCUUCAACAGCCCUGGAGUUUUUGUUGUAGAAAACACGACAGUUGAAUUUCAGAGGGGCUCAGAGAGGCAAACCUUUAAGAUCCCAGGACCUCUGAUGGCUGAUUUCAUCUUCAAGACCAGGUACCCUGUGGCCAAGGACAGUGUGGUCCAGUUCUUCUUCUACCAGCCCGUCAGUCAUCAGUGGAGACAGACCGACUUCUUUCCCUGCACUGUGACGUGUGGAGGAGGUUAUCAGCUCAAUUCUGCCGAAUGUGUGGAUAUCCGCUUGAAGAGGGUGGUUCCUGACCAUUAUUGCCAUUACUACCCUGAAAAUGUAAAGCCCAAGCCCAAACUGAAGGAGUGCAGCAUGGACCCUUGCCCAUCAAGUGAUGGAUUUAAAGAGAUCAUGCCCUAUGACCACUUCCAACCUCUCCCACGCUGGGAACAUAAUCCUUGGACGGCGUGUUCAGUGUCCUGUGGAGGUGGGAUUCAGAGACGGAGCUUCGUGUGUGUCGAGGAGUCAUUGCACGGAGAGAUCCUGCAGGUGGAGGAGUGGAAGUGCAUGUACGCCCCCAAACCCAAGGUCAUGCAGACCUGCAAUCUGUUUGACUGUCCCAAGUGGGUCGCCAUGGAGUGGUCUCAGUGCACGGUGACUUGCGGCCGAGGGUUGCGGUACCGGGUCGUCCUGUGCGUCAGCCAUCGCGGACAGCACGUCGGUGGCUGUAACCCGCAGCUGAAGUUACACAUCAAGGAAGAAUGUAUCAUUCCUGUCCCGUGUUAUAAACCAAAAGAAAAAGGCCCAGUGGAAGCUAAAUUACCUUGGCUGAAACAAGCACAAGAAAUAGAAGAGAGCAGAAUGGCAACGGAAGAACCAGUGUUCAUCCCGGAGCCCUGGUCGGCCUGCAGCACCACAUGUGGGCCGGGCGUGCAGGCCCGGGAGGUGAAGUGCCGCAUGCUCCUCGCGUUCACGCAGAUGGUGACAGAGCUGCCUGAGGAAGAGUGUGCAGGCCCCAAGCCGUCCACCGAGCAGCCGUGCCUCCUGGAAGCGUGUGACGGGGACCCUGCCUCCCGCCAGCUGGACACCUCUUCCCAGGAGAAGGGCAGUGACAUGACUUACGACUGGGAGUACGCUGGCUUCACCCCUUGCACGGCAACGUGUUUGGGAGGGCGCCAGGAAGCCAUAGCAGUGUGCUUGCACACCCAGACCCAGCAGACAGUCAACGACACCUUGUGUGAUAUGGCCCACCGUCCUCCAGCAAUGAGCCGGGCCUGUAACACGGAUCCCUGCCCACCCAGGUGGCACACCAGCCCUUGGGGGCCCUGCUCAGCCACCUGUGGUGUUGGAAUCCAGACCCGAGAUGUGUGCUGCCUGCACCCCGGCGAGUCCCCAGCCCCUCCUGCGGAAUGCAGAGAUGCAAAGCCCCACGCCUUACAGGCCUGCAGUCAGUUUGACUGCCCUCCCAGCUGGCAUAUUGAGGAAUGGCAGCAGUGUUCCAGGACAUGUGGCGGGGGAACUCAGAACCGGCGAGUCACCUGCCGGCAGCUGUUAACAGAUGGCAGCUUUUUGAGUCUCUCAGAUGAACGGUGCCCGGGACCCAAGGCAUCUUCCCAUAAGUCCUGUGCGAGAACGGACUGCCCUCCACACGUAGCCUUGGGAGACUGGGCCAAGUGUUCUGUGAGCUGUGGUGUCGGAACCCAGCGAAGAGAGCAGGUGUGUCAGAAGCUGACGGCCAAAGGCCAGCGUGUUCCCCUGAACGAGAGGGUGUGCAGGGACCUGCCCGCGGCCCCCCUUGUAAGGCCUUGCCAGAUGCCUGCGUGCAGGAAAAUGAAACCAGAGGUCAAGGUCAAACUUGGUAAGCAGGGGCCUCAGAUCCUGGGUGUCCAGAGAGUCUAUAUUCAGACGAGGGAGGAGAAACGCAUCAACCUGACUAUUGGAGGCAGGGCGUAUUUGCUGCCCAACACGUCUGUGAUUAUCAAAUGCCCAGUGCGACGAUUCCAGAAAUCUCUGAUCCAGUGGGAGAAGGAUGGCCGCUGCCUGCGGAACUCCAGACGACUCGGCAUCACCGAGUCACGCUCGCUGAAGAUCCACAGCCUCGCUGCCCCCGACAUCGGCGUGUACCGGUGCAUCGCGGGCUCCGCACGAGAUACGGUGGUUCUCAAGCUCAUUGGCACCGACAACCGGCUCAUUGCAGCCCCAGCCCUCAGGGAGCUCGGGAGGGAGUAUCCCGGGCUGGACCACGAAGAAGCCAAUGGUUUGGAGGCCACGUGGCAUAAGAUGAGGCAAAUGUGGAGUAAGAAAAACGAGCUUCACCUGGGCCACGGCCAGGUCAACAAGCAGUCUUUCUUGAGCGCUCUGUUGGGCCACUGCAGCGAUUCUGCAGGGAACACCGAUUCCUGGGAGUCUGGGAAUAAGCAGUUUGGAGCAGCCGUUAAGCAGGGAGCAUACAGCAUGGAUGCUGCCCAGUUCGAUGAGCUGAUAAGAAACAUGAGCCAGCUCCUGGACGCUGGAGAGGUCAGUGACGACCUGGCCUCGCAGCUGAUCUACCAGCUGGUGGCCGACUUAGCAAGGGCGCAGCCAGACCCCUUGCGGUGGAGGGGCACCGACGGGGAGGUGCCCCCCGCAGCCCAGCUGAGGGGGGAGACAGGAAGUGUGCCCCAGAGCUCCAGUGGGAGGCACUCCAGCAAGCUGACCUUCGAGCCACAGGGGCCGGCUCUCGUGCGGCCAAGUCAGCCCUCCUCAGUCUCAUUUAACAGAACAGUGACUUCAAGGAUUGGCGGGACGGUUUACAUUACAGAAAGGACGGAGGUCGUCAAUAUACUGUGUGAGCUUGUUACCCCCGGGCGGGCCACGUAUACAUGGACCAAGGACGGAGAACCCAUACAACCCUCAGAAAAGGUGGUUUUGGAUGGAACCGGAAACUUACAGAUACGGAGCCCUACGAGGAAAGAGCAAGGAAGAUACGGGUGCUCUGUAGUUAAUCAUCUCGGAUCAGACGCAGGAAGUUCUUCCGUGCUGUAUGCAGAGGCGCCUGUCAUCUUGUCUGUUGAAAGAAAUAUCACCAGACUGGAGCCCGGCCAUCUGUCCGUUGUGGUCGGAGGCCUCGUGGGGGCAGCUCUGGGGGCAACUGUGGCGAUCCGGUGUCCUGUGAGAGGUGUCCCUCAGCCUAAUGUAACUUGGUGGAAGAGAGGAGGAUCUCUGGGUGACAAUGUUUCCUUGCUUUUCAAUGGAUCCCUGUUGUUGCAGAACAUUUCCCUCGAAAGUGAAGGAACCUACGUCUGCACAGCCAGCAAUGCUCUCGGAAAGGCAGUGGCUGCGUCAACGCUCCGCUUUCUGGGACAAAGACGGCCAGACAGUAAACUUGUAUUUUCCAAGGACCGUAAAAAUCAUACGCUGCAGGCAUCCAGCCCUGGAAAUGGUAGCAGCGACGCAACACGAAAACCCCUUUCUCCAGAGCCCUUCUGGGAGCUUGGAAACUGGACACAUUGCUCUGCCUCCUGCGGCCCCUUGGGAGUGCGCGUUCGGAGGCCCCAGUGUGUGCUGGCCGACGGGCGGGAAGUGAGCGAGGCCCGCUGUGGCCACGUCCAGAAGCCACCGGCCGGGGUCCAGCCCUGUAACAUCCGGGACUGCCCCGCGAGGUGGUUCACGAGCGCGUGGUCAGAGUGCUCCGUGUCCUGCGGGGAAGGACUCCACAGCCGGCAAGUGACAUGCAGGCGUGGAAGAGCCGACGGGACUGUGCAGGUGAUGUCCCCAAGGGCCUGCACCCCCAAAAGCAGGCCUCUGGGAAGAAGGCCGUGCUCCACUCGCCCAUGUGGCCAGGGGGUCAUUGAACCAGGAGGCCAGUGUCGCGGACGCUGCCUGGGCCACACGGUGGGGACGCAGCGGCAGUUCGGGGUAUGUCAGCACCACACCGGCUCUCACUCUGACUGCGGGGACAGGAAGAGACCCACCUUGAGGAAGAACUGCUCUUCAGUGGCUUGUGAUGUGUGCUGGCGCACAGGCCCUUGGAGAGCCUGCACUGCAACCUGUGGCCAGGGCUACCAGUCCCGCAGGGUUGACUGCGUCCAAGCCAGCAGCUGCAAACCGGUGGCCGAGAGACACUGUGUGCUUGCAAAGAAACCAGCUUCCUGGCGGCCCUGUCUCAGGCCCCCCUGUGAGAGACAAACACGAAUGCCCUAGCAGGCAUUGCACCUGGGACCUCAUUGUGCCCUAAUCAGGAAGCCACCGAGAUCACCAGCACUUGUCUCAUGCUGUUUCUUCCUGUGACGUGUGGACCAGGACAGAGUGGGACGUCCUGAGGACUUGGGACACACAGCAAGUGAUGACUUUCUCUUCUCUCAAGUUUUAGGGUUUCAACAGGUUUAUAAGGCACUUAGGUUUUAGAAACUGUGGCCAGUAGUUGUGAAAUGUUGGUGCUUAUGGUGUUUUUACGGAUCCUUAAGUUUAGUCGGUGAAGAAAAAACAAUGGCUCUGGACAGGCUGGUGACACUGGCCAAUCCAAUGGUCAUGGUGGGGUGGCAUCUUGUCCUCACUUUUAGGAAUCCAUGCAAGAAAAGACAGAGUAAGUGUUGCUGCCAUUUUUACAACUACAGAAAUCUGGGACCACAGGAGGCAUCUUGGAAAUCAAAGGAGAGGGAAAGUAAACCUUUUCUACUGAUUUUGAAGUAUAUUCAAAGCUUUCUUUUAAGAGCUGUGAAUGAAACUUUUUCUAAGCACUAUUCUCUCGCACACAAACAAAAGCAAAGCCUUAUUAGACCUAAUUUAUGCAUAAAAUUAGUAUUCCUAAGGAUUUUUAUUUUGGAGAAACUAUAAGAAAGUAAUCUAAAUAUGAAACAUGACAGUUGAGAAGAACUGUUUAUAGUAAAUAAUUGUUUCCAUUUGGACUGAUUUUUCAGUAAAUCCAGAGUACACUAGGGUGAGGCUGGAAGUUAGAGGUAGGACUGGGGAUUAGAGGUCGGAUUUGCUGAGUAAGUUUAGGGUCAGUGUUAGUCGUCGGACUGCAGGUGAAAGUGGGAGCUCGCUUAGGGUGGAGGCUAGAGCCGGCUUCAGGGGGCAGGGCUCGGGCCAGGUGCGGGCGGACUCGGGCUGCGUUUUGACGGGGUCCCCAGGGAGCUGUGAGUGACAGUAUCAGGGAGAUGCUGUGUUUGGGGUCAAUGUCGCUGCUGAAGCCGUUUGGGGCCAGCGUUGAAUUGGAAGUUCUAAAGCUGACCGGGGUUCUGGGGCUCUUCCCCCUACAUUCUGCCAGUUACGGCUUUAGACGGCACAUGUCGCCAAUAAGUGGUCAGGCCUGCUCAUUCGGCGUCCCAGCUGCACGUGUGCAGGCCGCCCACAGCCCGCUGGCGACAGUUCCCCGCAGCAGGUUGUGCGGCCCGAGCCCCGCCGCUGGGGAGCGAGUGGGCGAGUUCGCUGUGUCCACCGGGCGGAGCACCGGGCCUCGCGUGCCAACCUCAGCCCCCCUAACGCGGGACGAGCCCUGCCGUACGCGGGGGAGCGGCGCUUGGGCGACGGGGAGGGGGACACGCCACCCGCGAGCUAUUAAUCCCCACUUACGCUUAACUGUGGAUGGUUUUUAAAUUAAAAGGAAGAUCAUUUGUAAAAUACUCUUUGUAUAUAUUUAUUAUAUGACUUAAAGGUGCAAUAUUUUAUUUUGUACAGUAUGUAAUAAAGACAUGGGACAUAUAUUUUUUCUUAUUAACAAAAUUUCUUAUUUGGUUGCUUUACCUUUGUAUUUCAAGUUGCUGUUUUUCAUUUGCUGUUGUACUUUCUCUUGUUAUUCAAAUGGAAUUCCCGUGUGCUGUAUUUAACUACUAAAGUUUCUAUAAUCCAAGAGUUAACAUUUCUCUCUUAUGAUCCUUAAGUAAUUCAGAAAUAAAUGUACGUUGAUUAUUCACGGCAUCCUUA